AGCUGCAGCCUGCGAGAGAGAGAGAGAGAGAGAGAGCCCUUUCAGGAAAAAGGCUCCUCUCCAAUCAUCUUAUCUAUAUAUCCCACCCUCCCUCCCUCCCUCCCUCUCUCUCUCUCUCUCUCUCUCUCUGUGAAAUCCGACGGCUACGAUAUCGCCUCAGCGAUAGAUCGAGUUAUGCAGGCAGAUCAGACGGUCAUCAGCUUACGUCCUGGUGGUGGAGGCAACCGAGGUAGCCGAUUCCUCGCCUCUCGCCUCGACUCUUCUUUCGGAAACUCCGGCGGCGGCUCCUCAGAUCUCCCGAUCCUCCGUCCUCAUGGCGCUGGUUCAGCAGCAUCCUUCAAGACUGGAGAUUUGUGGUUUGAGGGUCAUGAGCGCAUUCGUCACACACGAGACCAGCUCUUGCAACUUAAGGAGGUUGGAGAUGUUCCUGAAGACAUCUUGAAAAUCAAACAAGAGAUCGAGGCUGAACUUUUUGGCGAUGAUCAAAGUUGGGGGCGUGGAGAUGCCAUUCCACAAGGUCAACCAGUAAGUCGUUAUGCCGAACCAGACAAUCGUGAUUGGCGUGGAAGGCCGGGACAAUUGCCUGCCUCUGGAGAAGACAGGUCUUGGGAUUCUAUUCGAGAUAAUAAAGAGUUCCCUACAAACACCAGACAACAAGAAGCAAAUCAAUUCAAUCGCCAGGACCAAUUAAGCUCCCAAUUUUCUCGAGCUCAAAUUUCCUCCACACAAGGGGGAGGACCUGCUGCUCUCAUCAAGGCUGAAGUGCCAUGGUCUGCCCGAAGAGGCAACCUUAACGAGAAGGAACGAGUUUUGAAAACAGUUAAAGGGAUACUGAACAAGCUGACCCCGGAGAAAUUCGAUCUUCUCAAGGGACAAUUGAUUGAUUCUGGAAUCACCACACCAGAUAUCUUAAAGGGUGUCAUAACACUGAUAUUUGACAAGGCGGUUUUGGAACCUACGUUCUGCCCCAUGUAUGCUCUUCUAUGUUCUGAUCUCAAUGAAAACCUCCCGCCAUUUCCUGCUGAUGAACCUGGUGGAAAAGAAAUUACGUUCAAGCGGAUCCUUUUGAAUAUUUGCCAAGAGGCAUUUGAAGGUGCAGACAAUCUGAGGGCUGAAAUUAGACAAAUGACUAGACCAGAGCAAGAGCUAGAACGUAGAGAUAAGGAAAGGAUGGUGAAACUCCGCACCCUCGGAAACAUCCGUCUCAUCGGUGAACUUUUGAAGCAGAAGAUGGUGCCGGAGAAAAUUGUCCAUCAUAUCGUUCAGGAGUUGUUGGGGCAUGAUGGCAAGACAUCUCCUGAUGAGGAAAAUGUUGAGGCUAUCUGCCAGUUCUUCACCACCAUCGGCAAGCAGCUUGAUGAAAGCCCAAAGUCCCGCCGUUUCAAUGAUGCCUACUUCAAUCGGCUGAAGGAGCUGACGACAAAUCCCCAGUUGGUACUGCGGUUGAGGUUUAUGGUCCGUGAUGUUCUGGAAUUGCGUGCCAACAACUGGGUCCCUAGGCGUGAAGAGGUGAAAGCAAAGACUAUCAAUGAAAUCCAUUCAGAGGCAGAGAAGAAUCUUGGGUUGCGGCCUGGUGCUGCCGCAUCAAUCAGAAACGGCCGGGGAUCUGCCGCAGGUGCUCUAGGGGGUAUUGGGCCUGGUGGCUUUCCAAUCAACCGACCUGGCGCCGGCGGCAUGAUGCCCGGAAUGCCUGGAACUAGGAAGAUGCCUGGCAUGCCUGGGAUCGAUAACGACAACUGGGAGGUCCCCCGUUCCAGGUCCAUGCAAUCAUCUGCCCGAGUUCAGGCUCCCUCAGUCACCAAGCCGGCACCCCUCAGCAAUAAGUUCUUACCACAGGGCAGCGGUGGUGUGAUAACUGGCAAGAUGAGCGCAUUGCUACAGGGCAGCGGCGGACUGCCUGCCCGCACCUCUGGUUUGGUUUCAGGAGUGGAACCCUUGGCCCAAAACCUGGCGCCUGCGAAGCCCCUUGGUCCCGCACCAUCUGUGCUCCCGGUUUCUCAGAAGCCGUCAACUGCUGCAAGAGCAAACCCGGCUGAUCUGCACAGAAAGACUGUAUCACUUUUGGAGGAAUACUUCAGUGUUCUCAUUCUCGAGGAAGCAUUGCAGUGCGUGGAGGAGUUGAAAAGCCCUGACUACCACUCCGAGCUCGUCAAGGAAGCUAUUUCUCUUGCCUUAGAGAAGAGCCCGCCUCUUGUAUCAUCUGUCUCCAAGCUCCUGGAGUUCCUGUUUACCAAGAAGGUUCUGACUGCUCGCGACAUAGGGACUGGGUGCCUGCACUACGGGUCAAUGCUUGAUGAUUUCGGCAUUGACAUUCCAAAAGCGCCGAGCAAUUUUGGUGAGGUGGUUGGGCAGCUGGUCUUGGCAGGUGGCCUGGAUUUCAAGGUAGUGAAGGAGGUAUUGAAGAAGAUUGAGGAUUCAAUGUUCCAGAAGGCAGUGUUUGAUGCUGCCAUGAAGACCGUUGGUUCGAACCCCACUGGGCAGGUGAUAUUGGCUUCGCAAGCAGCCGAGAUCAGCGCAUGCCAGGGCCUCUUCUCUUGAUCUUAGACAUCCUCUCUCAUGGUUAAUCUUGUCCUUCCCUGUAACUGGUAGAAUGAAUAUGGUUAUUAUGUUUUGUUUUUGUUUUUGUUUUUUACUUUUUUAAAAAUCUUUUGUUUUUGAGGCGAGCAACUAUGUUACAAUUGUGAUAAGUAGAGAGCUGUGAAGAACAGGUAAAUUUUAUGAGCUUGUA